AUGUACAAAGCCGCUGCUUUCGCUGGCCUCGCUGGCCUGGCCUCCGCCGCCUACUCGCCAGAUGCCUACUCCCAGGCUCCCCCGGCAUACUCUGCCCCUGCGGAGUCCACGCCUGCUGCGUACUCUUCCGUGAAGGUUGUGUCGAGCUCUCAGCCAGCCGUCUACUCGUCCUCUGCGCCCGCUGGGUACGAGUCGUCGUCCAAGCCGGCCGUCUACGGAUCAUCCAGCUCGGCGCCUGUUGUGUACGGUUCAUCCUCCUCCGCCUACGCUGUCAGCUCCUCGUACGCCGUCAGCUCUUCCUACAAGGCGUCCAGCGUCUCGGCCUACCCGUCGAGCGUGUCCGCCAGCGCGUCGGCCACCCCGACCCCAUCCUGCUGGACCUCCUGCUUCGAGCAGAACAACAUCUACGGCCAGGAUGAGCUCUGCGGCAACGACUGCGUCAACAAGUGUAUCUACUACACUUGCUCUGAGGAGGAUGACAUGAAGUACUGGUCGUGGUACAACGGGUACUGCGCCGCUCCUUCUAGCAGCUCUUCUGCUGUCUACUCGAGCAGCAUCCCGGUGUACUCCAGCUCUUCGUCUGCCAUCUACUCCAGCUCUUCGGCCUACGUCAGCUCUUCUUACCCGGCCACCUACCCCGUGAAGUCGUCGUCUUCCUCCUACCCGGCCCCCUACCCGGUCUCGUCGUCUUCCUCCUACCCGGUGUACAGCUCGACCUUCGGCACCGUGACCAAGCCCGCCACCUACCCCGUCUCUGCCCCGACCUCCUCUGCCCCCAGCUCCACCCCAACCGGUGGCAACUGCUGGAACGCCUGCUUCGAGGAGUACAACGUUCAGGGCCAGGAUGAGCUUUGCGGCAACGACGAUGUGAGCAUGUGCAUUCACACCACCUGCUCCUCCGACCUCGACAAGGCCUACUGGGAUUGGUACAACAGCUACUGCUCGCCGGCCACCACCACCAUCACCACCACGAGCAUCUGCACCCCAACCACCCCAGUCACCGUGAUCACCUCGACCUGCACCCCAUCCACCCCGGUGACCGUCUGGACCUCCACCUACUCCGAGGGCACCACGACCGCCACCUCCACCGUCGAGACCUACAUCACCACCCCGUACAUCACCACGGUUGAGACCUACAUCACCGCCCCGUACACCUCGACCUGGGUGGAGACCAGCACCGCCCCAUCCACGCCCAAGGUCAGCUCGCCAGUGACCACCGGCAUGCCAUCCCCGCCAGCCAGCCAGUGGUCCCCGGCCACCUCCGCGCCACCAGCGCCUUACCAGUCCGCUCCCUGGACCGCGCCUUACAGCUACCCAGCUGCCUCUGCGCCCGUCGCCUCCGGCACCGGUGCGUACGCCCCUGGCCCAUCUGCCUCCGGCAUGGUCCCAGUCCCCGCGACUGGCGCCGGUGCCGUCACCAAGCCCGCUGGCCUCAUCGCCGUGGUCCUCGCGGCCGCUGCGCUCUUCUAA